AUGGAGGCGAUAUGGCUGUACCAGUUCCGACUCAUCGUCAUUGGGGACUCGACCGUGGGGAAAUCGUGCCUGAUCCGGCGGUUCACGGAGGGAAGGUUCACCCAGGUGAGUGACCCGACGGUCGGCGUGGAUUUCUUCUCUCGCCUGGUGGAGAUCGAGCCGGGGAAACGCAUCAAGCUACAGAUCUGGGAUACCGCGGGACAGGAGCGCUUCAGGUAUGGGGGUCUUAUGCAUAAACUGUGCUUUCGGUAUGAUCCAUCAUGCUUGCUUGCUUGCUCUUAUUUAUCAAGGAUGCUUCUUGUCCAGCUGGCCAAACCAUGAAAUGUAGGAAACAUUAUUUAUAUUCAGAGCCCUCUAUUAGGCUAUCAUUCAGAAUUGUUGAUCAAAGGAUUUAAAAUUAUAUCAAAGGAUAGGAUAUACCAAAAUUGCAUUUGCACCAAGGUCUAAACUGAAAGAUACAGUUUUUGUCAUACCACUACUGCUAUUGUUGUUUGACUAUUCAACGGUGCUUUAUUGAAACAGUGAAUAAGGUACAAAGGUUAGCCUACAUCAAUAUUGACACUUUGGAACAUCAAUGACACAGUUAGGAUAAGCCUAUAAAUAGUUUAGUUUCUAAAAAGUGAAAAACAAGUAUGUAGGAGUCCCUUUUUAUAGAUAAACAUUUAUUUUACAUAUUGAAAUAGUUAACAGCCUUUGAACACAUACACACACACACAUACACACACCAUUGUUUUGUCACACACCCUUGCUUGGUCAGCGUUCCAUCAUAAUCCUCAUCAUUCCCUGCUCUUUUGUCUGUGAUUCAUUUCAACUGGGUCUUUCUUUCAUUUGAAUAUGUAUUUUACCACCGUCCUCCUAUCUUCAUCCUCUCUUUCUAUGUCCUCCUCUUCUUCCAUUCUUUCAUUGCACCUCCCUCCCUCACUCCCUCCCUGCCUCAUCACCCACACCUCACGUCUGUCAUAUCCCUCCUCUCACUUCUUUCCCCCUUCCUCUUCUCCCUCAUUCCUUCUCUCACAUUCUCUCCCUCUCUUUUGCCAAACUUUCUCUCUCCCUCACUACCCACUCUCUCCUCCCCUUUCUCACUUUCACAUCUGUUGCUUGCUACUUUUGUCUAGCCUCCCAACACAUAUCUAUUUUUAUUUCUCUCUCUCUCUCUCUCUCUUCUAUUCUAACACUGUAUAUAUCCCCUCUCCCUUCUCCUUCUAACGCUCUCUCAAUUCUCUCCCCUCCUUCCUCUCCUUCCUCUCCUUAUUCCCUUUCUCAUCUCCUCCUAACAUACACACCCUCUCAUCCCUCUCUCCUCCCCUCUUCCAGGUCCAUCACCAGAGCCUACUAUCGUAACUCGGUGGGCGGGCUCCUCCUGUUUGACAUCACAAACCGUCGCUCCUUCCAGAACGUUCAUGAUUGGCUAGAGGAGGCCCGGAGCCACGUCCAACCACACAGCAUUGUGUUCCUAUUGGUCGGCCACAAGUGUGACCUGGAGCCCCAGCGCCAGGUAGCCUAUCAGAUUGCAGUAGUUUACGUGUAUGUGUGGAGGGGGGUAGGUGGGAUGAGUGUGUGUGUGUGGGUGUGUGUUUGAUUGAGCAUUGAAAGAAAUUCCCUAAUGAUAUUAUAAGUAAUGCACAAACACAUCUCCAUAUAAACAGACAAUAAAAUCGCAUGUUUACCUCUAUCUCCAGGUAACUCGUCAGGAGGCUGAGAAACUCGCCGGCGCCUACGGGAUGCGUUACGUAGAAACUUCGGCCCGCGACGCCAUAAAUGUGGAGCACGCCUUCACAGAGCUGACCAGGGACAUCUUUCAGCUGGUGAGGAGCUAUAGGUUGAAGAUACAACGUUUGAGUCAAGAAUGAAAAUCGAAUGUAGAAUCUUUGGCUAUCUUAGCAAUGGCAACAGCUGGUCCCAUGAAUUUGUUUAUUAUCGAAAUGUUCUGCAUGUGAAUAGCCUGGUCCCAGAUCUGUUUGUGCCAUCAUGUCAACUCCUUGCCAUGGCAAACAUGACAAUGAGUGACAAGGAGUUGAUAUGAUUGCACAAACAGAUCUGGGACCAGGCUAGCAUGUGAAUACAAUAUUGUCCCUCCUAACCUUGGUAUCUUCGCCCUAGGUGAGGAGUGGUGACAUCACUAUCCAGGAGGGCUGGGAGGGGGUGAAGAGCGGCUUCGUCCCCAACAUGGUCCACUCCUCCGAGGAGGUCACCAAGAGCGACCGACGCUGCCUCUGCUGAUCUGUAGGGAUCUUCUAGAUCCAACUAGAUCCCUGACUCGAGUCUGGUUUCCCUUAGGUCCUCCUGAACUUGCACCCAGAUCCAUUUCAGCUCUCUAGUUUAGCCAUUUGCCUCUGCUGAUCUGCAUCUGGAUGGAGGGUUCCUACCCACAACUAGAUCCCUGCCUGGUUUCACUUAGGUCCUCCUUGGUCCUCAAAGGUGUCCACUUUCCAGAGUGAUCUGCUAUCUGGAUGGAUGAUGGAUCCAUCCCUGCAAAUACCUGGUUAAUAACUGGUUUCCCUUUAGGUCAGGGAUGGGCAACUUUGAUGGG